CAUAGCGCCAAUAAAAGUUAACCAAAUAAUAAGAAUGAACAAUUCAUUGAAAAUGGGGGCAAGGGUGGGGAUUUGCUAGACACGAGUAUUCUGAACGAAAAUAUAAGUUCAUUCCGCAGUAGUCGUACAUCUAGCAACACAGUCUUAAAAGUGUUAGGAUGGAAUGUCGUUGAUAUAAACCCUUUCGAUACUAACAGGUUAAAUUAGUUCAAAUGUGAUUAAACAACAUGGACAGAAACGGAGCGUUAACUGCUAAAGCACUUGCAGAAAUUGCGUGAAAAAUAAAUAAGUAUGGGUUGACUGACGAUUCGGAUGUUGAAGAACCUUUUCAAGACUAGGGUUCCGAGUAUAAGUUAGAAUCGGAUAUUUCAUCUGAACGUGAUCUGGAGCUUCCUGCCCGUCGUACUACACGUAAACGCAAAAGGAACAACCAACAGAAAGCUAAAAACGAUUUGCCUGAUAAUGAAAUUCUUAGCGUAGAUCCUUAUUUAGCGUCAGAUCUUGACGAGAUUGAGGUAGAGCCUAACCCCAUUAGUAAAAAUAUUCUCUGGAGCACUAGUGGAUCUUCAUUUAUUUCUUCAAAGCGUGUACCUACCGCGAAUGUACACGUAUUUUACAUGCAGAUAUUACUCAUACAUCAUCUGAACUCGAGUGAAAUUAGUUCCCAGAGGUUUGUUUAUUUUUAUGGCUGAAUGUACUAACGAAAGGCUAAGCAUCUUACAAGAGAAGACAAAAAAGCAAUAUCUUCCC